AUCAAACACCAUAUAAGGUUCACACUGUUUUGUUUUGGUCUGCUGAUUCGUGGAGAAAACUAAUAGAGAGAGAGAGAGUCAAAAGAGAAUAACUGAAAAAACUUACGGAAAGAGUUACCUCGUUUUGUUUUGGUUCACAAAAUACUCUUAUCAGAUACCAUAUAUGGUCAGAGAAUAUUUGCAAAGAGAGAAGGAAAGUGGUUGUUGAUAAAAUAAUAUUUAAUGCGAAUAACUGAACAACGCUUUAUCAAGUAAAUACCGGCAUACAAAGGUAUAUAAAUAGUGCAGAAAAAGUGACAGAAUUAUUUCAAACCUAUUGGCAAGCACAAAUAGAUCAGUGUAAAAUAUUAAAAAAAAAAUUAAUAAUAUUAACAAAACAAACAUGAUGACAACAGAAGUAGUAAUCGAAUCAGCAGUAAACAAACCUGCCGAUUGGGUGCAGAAAGAACUAUUUGUGGAUCUUCUCAAAGAGACAGUUAAGGGAUUUUCCAAAAUUAAGAGUUUCAAAACCAAUUCAGGAUCUGCCAUAGGUGAAAACUAUGCAACAAUCAUGGUACGAGUGAAUAUUGUAGUCGAGCUCGAAGACGGCAAGGAAAAGUCUGUUAGCUACAUGAUAAAACUGCCUCAUCAGCAGGAAGCGCACGAAAGGAUGCUGGGAAAUAAUAAUAUCUUUGGCAUUGAGCAAAAUAUGUAUAAAACAUUUGUUCCCGAGAUGGAGCAAUUGUAUCGUGAUGCUGGUGUAGAAGUGAAUUUCGGUGCAAAGUCAUAUGAAGUGAAGGGUGCGAAAUCCUUGUACAUAUUGCUUGAAGAUUUGGCUCCUAGGGGCUUUAAAAACAUAAAUCGUCUAGAAGGAUUGGACCAGGCACAUACAGAAGCAGCUCUACGAAAGUUAUCACAGUGGCAUGCUGCCUCAGCCGUGCGUGUGGCGACUAAAGGGGAUUAUCCAAAAGAGUUUAUUUUUGGAUUUUUUAAGGAGGAGAACCGUGCUGUCGUUACUGAGAUGAAUAAUGGUCUAGGACAGGCUUUCCUUAAGUGCUGUGGAACAUACGAGGGAAACCAGGAAUAUAUAGAGCAAGUGAAAUCGGCUGUGCCUAAGGUAACUGAGCAAUGUUAUAAGAUGUCAAAGCCAGAUCCUACUGAAUUUAAUGCCCUCAAUCAUGGUGACCUUUGGAGCAAUAACAUGAUGUUUUCGCAUGAUUCAUUUGGGAAUAUCAAAGAAACUUAUUUUGUGGAUUUUCAAUUACCCAAAUAUGGAUCUGUAGCCCAGGAUUUGUAUUACUUUUUGAUGUCAUCAACGAAGUUCGAGGAUAAAGUCAGCAAAUUUGAUCACUAUAUCAAUUUUUAUCAUCAGCAUUUGGUAGAAAAUUUAAAACUUCUCAAAUUCACGAAGCAUGUACCAACAUUAAGCGAAUUUCAUAUUUCACUCUUGAAGUAUGGAUUCUUUGGUUACAUUUCUGCAACCGGUGUUAUGAGCGGUGUGUUGCUGGAUGCUACAGAAAUUUCAAAGUUUGAGAACUUCCUCAGCGACUCUAAAGAGGGAAACGAUUUCAAGAUGUUGCUUUUUUCUAAUCCCCGUUAUCGCAAACAUAUCCAAGCUGUUCUGCCCUGGCUGUUGAAUCGUGGCGCACUUGAAGAUUUUUAAAAUUACGUGUGAUACCAACUGAGGAUAAAAAACCAUUUCAAAUUAAUAAUAUACAA